AUGAUGGCAGAGGAAAAUCCUCCGCCCAAUGAGGCUCAAAUCAGUCAACAGCCAGAGAAUACCACAAUCAAGUGGUAUCGAUCGCCAUUCUAUAAUGCAACCGUUCUAGGCAUCUGCAGCUUCGCAGCUCCAGGUCUAUGGGGUGCUAUGAACUCCCUUGGUGCCGGCGGCGCUCAAGAGCCAUACCUCGUAAAUACGGGAAAUGCCCUCACCUUCUGCCUUAUGGUGGUCUCCUGCUGGCUCACCUCUGCGAUUGUCAAAUACAUCGGCAUCAAGGGUGCGCUGGUUAUCGGCACUAUCGGCUUCGCCCCGUACAGCGCCGGCCUCUACCUUAACAACCGUUAUGGCGUCGAAUGGCUUGUUAUUCUCGGUGCAGCCUUUUGCGGCAUUUCAGCCGGCAUAUUCUGGGCUUCUGAAGCUGCCAUCGCCAUUGCUUAUCCUGAACCGCGCAACAGAGGACGAAUGGUUGCAUACUGGCUAACAUGGACCAGAGUUGGUCAGAUUCUAGGCGGUGCAAUCAACCUUGGCCUGAAUGCUGACCGAAGCGGGGCCGGCAAGGUCUCCUACAAAGUCUACAUCAUCUUCAUCGCCCUUCAAGCUUGUGGUCCAUUCGCGGCGAUGCUGCUGAAUAACCCAUCCAAGGUACAGCGACGCGAUGGAAAGCCGGUCGAGCUGACCAUCUUCGACCACCCAUGGGAGGAGAUCAAAGCUACCACAAGGACCUUCCUCAAGCCUAAGUUCCUUCUCUUGAUUCUUUGGAUCGGUCAAGGCGUGUACUCCGAGUCCAUCUUCUUCACCUACAUUGCUCUUUGGUUUUCAGUUCGCGCCAGAGCUCUCGGCUCGUUCCUGUCUGGCAUCGUGGCUGUCAUCUCUGGUAACCUUCUGGGGCUUUGGCUUGACCAAAAUCAAAUUGCCCUUAAAAAGCGUGCUCGCUGGGCAUUUGCUGUCAUUAUGGUGACGCAAGGUGCGUGGUGGCUCUGGUUGACAAUCAACGUCACCGAAUACCGUCGCACCCAGCCAACUUUUGACUGGAGUGAUCCCGGUUUUGGAAGGGGCUUCGGGGUCUUCAUCUUCUUGGUUUCGGGCUUCCAGCUGAAUUACAAUUUUGCCUUCUUCAUCAUUGGUCAGAUCUCCGAGAGUCCCCAGGAGACGAUAAGACUCUCGGCGCUCCUGCGUGGCACUGAGUCCGCAUGGCAAGCUGUUAGUUACGGGCUGAACGCCAUUCCUAUUUUCGCUCUUGUUGGCGGUCCGUACAUCAACUUUGGACUUUGGGGCGCGUCGCUGUUGCCCGCCUGGCUGGUGAUUAAACAUCUGGGUAAUGAUAACAAGAGAGGGGAUUCAGAAACAGCUUCACAAGCGGAUGCCAUAGAUGUCGGCAAGGAGUAG